AAGGUUGUAGCACCCUUCCAGUUGUGUCCUGAACGGUUCUGACGCCUCUCGGGAUUGCUGGGGGAUUCUCUUAGAAGCAGAUUCCCAUCCUGGGCUGGGCUGUCCACGUUUUCCAUGAAUGAUUUUUCCAUAAAGCAGACAGUACCACUUUGACUUCACCCAUCAUUUCCCAAUGGUUUCUCCCACGACCCCUCCCUCUCAAACGGUUUUUCUCCCAGAUCCCUGGUACUAGCUUCUUCCAGCAGAUCGUGUGACAACUAGAUCUCUAAGUGGCGCAAAAUCCAGACCUUGCUCCUCCCGGUAGCCACGGUACUGCGAUCUGGGGGACCAUUUCUCAUCUCUAUGAAACUUGUUUGGCCAUCUAUUCUUCUUCCGCUAUACGGAACUGAUAAACUUCGAAGAUGGCGGCCCACAGGACCAGGCAUCCGUGGGCGCGGCCAUGUUCUCUGCGCUUCUUAAGGACAUGGUAGAAAGGCUGUGCAGCUGCAUCUGCGCCAUGUUGACUGUUGGAGACCUGAGGCGUCAACAGUAAUUCGGAGCAUGCGCAGUACUAACAGACCACAGAGGCGGUUGUAGAAGUCGGAUCGGAAGUGGAAGUAGUCCUCGAACGGAGUUUUUUUUUUUUUUUUUUUUUCCCCCUCCUUUCUGCCGCUUCUAUUGGGAGCAUUUCCAUAUUUUAAUGACAAGAAGUCUCUGAGAUGAUUCUGGUUUCUUGGUGUGUCUCUGAGGCUCCUGCUGUUCAAGAUCUUCUGGCAGACUCCACAUCACCUAGCAGCUCUGACUGAAUUCACAGAGGACGACUCAGCUUCAGGCUGCUGAGAAAACAGGAUUGAGACUCAGUGUGACCAUGCCAGCUAAUUGGACUUCACCCCAGGAAGUAACAGCCCUGGCUCCAGAGGACCAAGGCAGCUCCUGUGAGGGAUCAGUGUCCUUCAUGGAUGUGACGAUAGACUUCAGCAGAGAAGAAUGGCAACACCUAGACCCUGCUCAGAGAACCCUCUACCGGGACGUGAUGCAGGAGACCUACAGCCACCUGCUGUCAGUAGGAUAUCAAGUUCCCAAACCAGAGGUUUUCAUGCUGGAGGAAGGAAAGGAGCCAUGGGCAUUGCGGGGUGAGAAUCCAUAUCAGCGCUGUCCAGAAGAAUUUCAGCAGAUUGUUGACCAGAAAGAGACCUAUCAGCAAACAGAAAAUAAACCAGCAAGUGAUGUUGCUUUCAUCAAGAUACUGGCUACAGAGAGUCAUGAAUAUAAGGACAUUAGAAAAAUCAUUCAUGUGAGCCCAAACAUUUUUCUUCCUUCUUCAAGAUCAUAUCGGUGUGAGUCAUUUGGGAAUGGUCUGAAGCAUAAUUUAGAUUUGCACGGUAAUAGAAAUAAUCCAUCAAAAAAAAUUAAAAAGAUAGCUGAAUAUGGCAUAUUUUCUUCCUAUUCUGACUGGGACCAUAAUCAAUGUGGAAAAGUCCUCAGUUAUAAUCAAGUACCUUGUCAAUAUCAGAAAAUUCACAUUGGGGAGAAAUCAUAUGAAUAUGCUGAAUUUGGAAAGAUCUUCACCCAGAAGUCACAGCUCAAAGUACAUCUGAACUCUCAUAUAGGAGAAAAACUCUAUGUAUGUAUUGAGUGUGGGAAGGCUUUUGCACAGAAACCAGAAUUCUUUACACAUCAAAAAACUCAUACUAGAGAGAGGCCCUAUAAAUGCAAUGACUGUGGAAAGUCCUUUUUCCAAGUAUCUUCUCUCUUCAGGCAUCAGAGAAUUCACACAGGAGAAAAGCUCUAUGAAUGCAGUGAAUGUGGGAAAGGCUUCUCAUAUAACUCAGAUCUCAGUAUACAUCAGAAAAUUCAUACAGGAGAGAGACACCAUGAAUGUGUUGACUGUGGCAAAGCAUUCACACAGAAGUCCACACUCAAGAUGCACCAGAAAAUUCAUACGGGGGAGAGGUCCUACAUAUGUAUUGAAUGUGGACAGGCCUUCAUCCAGAAGACACACUUGGUUGCACACCGAAGAAUUCACACUGGAGAAAAGCCAUACAAAUGUAGUAACUGUGGGAAAUCCUUCAUUUCCAAGUCACAGCUCCAGGUACAUCAGCGAAUUCACACAAGAGUGAGGCCCUUUGUAUCUACUGAAUAUGGGAAGGGCUUCAGCAAUAGUUCCAAUCUCAUUACACACAAGAAAGUUCAGAUUCGAGAGAAAUCUUCCAUUUGCACUGAAUGUGGGAAGGCCUUUACCUACAGGUCAGAGUUAAUUAUACAUCAGAGAAUUCACACUGGCGAGAAACCUUAUCAGUGUAGCGACUGUGGAAAAGCCUUCGCUCAGAAGUCAGCCCUCACAGUGCAUCAAAGAAUCCAUACAGGAGAAAAAUCGUAUGUGUGUGUGAAGUGUGGGCUGGCCUUCAUCCAAAAAGCACACCUGGUUGCACAUCAGAUAAUUCAUACUGGAGAAAAGCCUUAUAAAUGUGGUCACUGUGGGAAACUCUUUACUUCCAAGUCACAACUCCAUGUACAUAAACGAAUUCACACAGGAGAAAAACCUUAUGUUUGCAGUAAAUGUGGAAAGGCCUUCACCAACAGGUCAAAUCUCAUCACACAUCAGAAGACUCAUACAGGAGAAAAAUCCUUUGUAUGUUCAAAAUGUGGAAAGGCCUUCACUCAGAGGUCAGACUUGAUUACACACCAGAGAAUUCAUACAGGAGAGAAACCAUAUGGAUGCAGUACCUGUGGAAAAGCCUUCACCCAGAAGUCACACCUCAAUAUACAUCAGAAAAUUCAUACUGGAGAGAGACAGUAUGAGUGCCAUGAAUGUGGGAAAGCCUUCAAUCAGAAAUCAAUACUCAUUGUGCAUCAGAAAAUUCAUACAGGGGAGAAACCCUAUGUGUGUACUGAAUGUGGAAGAGCUUUCAUCCGAAAGUCCAAUUUCAUUACUCAUCAAAGAAUUCAUACUGGAGAGAAACCUUAUGAAUGCAGUGAUUGUGGAAAGUCAUUUACCUCCAAAUCUCAGCUCCUGGUGCACCAGCCAAUCCACACAGGCGAGAAACCUUAUGUGUGUGCUGAAUGUGGGAAGGCCUUCAGUGGCAGGUCAAAUCUUAGCAAACACCAAAAAACUCAUACUGGGGAGAAACCUUACAUCUGUUCUGAAUGUGGGAAGACCUUUAGACAGAAGUCAGAAUUGAUUACACAUCAUAGAAUUCAUACUGGAGAGAAACCUUAUGAGUGUAGUAAUUGUGGGAAAUCUUUCACCAAGAAAUCGCAGCUCCAGGUACAUCAACGAAUUCACACAGGAGAGAAGCCUUAUGUGUGUGCUGAGUGUGGGAAGGCCUUCACUGAUAGGUCCAAUCUGAAUAAACACCAAGCAACUCACACCGGAGACAAACCCUAUAAGUGCAUAGUCUGUGGGAAAGGCUUUGUUCAGAAAUCGGUGCUUAGUGUGCAUCAGAGUAUUCACACUCUAACAAUAUGAGGAAAAACUCUGAGGACAUAUCUUACUAUAAUCUUUGACUCCAUGCAACAGGAUAAUGUGUAUAUUAUUGUGUGGGGGGUUUUUUGGGGGGAGGGUCUUUUUGAGACAAGGUCUCCCUGUAGCCCCAAUUGGCCUGGAACUCACUAUGUAGACCAGGCUGGCCUUGAACUCACAGAGAUCCACCUGCCUCUGCCUCCUGAGUGCUGGGAUUAAAAGCGUGCAUCACGAUGCCCAGCCGUAUAAUGUGUAUAUUAUUGUAAAUAGAAAUGCCCACAUGACAGUGUCACACAUUACUGCUCAGAAGAAUACCUUGGAGAUGGUACUGUGUGUGUGUGUGUGUGUGUGUGUGUGUGUGUGUGUGUGUGUGGGGGGUGUAAGGCACUUUCUACAUUGCUGAGAAGGAAUUGAAUCAAUUUGGUGCAGUAGAACUUUUUCAUGAAUAAUACAAUGGAACACUGUUACCACGUUCUUCAGGGGAAAGAUUGUGUUAACCCAUGUUAAUGAGAAUCCUGUUGGUGGACUAGGUACAGUGCCAACCAGUUGAAUGGUAAAACCAUAUAAUACACACAACAGUGAUAGUCCUGUCUUCUGUAAGUUAUUUGUUGCAGAACACAUUGUCUAACAGAGCUGUGGGUGUGAUUUCAUUCUUUAGUUGAAUCUGAUAUACCUGUACAUAUUCAAUCACCCAUUGAGUACUUGUACAUACAAAGAGAUACCAUAGGAUCAGUUGUGGCAGUACAUACUUGUAAUCCCAGCCCUUGGGGAGCUGGGGCAAGAGGAUCACUCUUGAGUUCAUGGCUAGUCUGAGAUACAAAGGGAGACCCUGCCUCAAAAAAUAUGAGAGAGAGUAGAGGGGAGGGGUAUAUAGACUGACACAAACUUCAGGGACUGUAAGUGGUCCGUACUGUCACACCAAGACCUGGCACCCACUUUAUUAGCUGCCAAUAAUAUCAAGGAUAUCUGUCACAAACUCUUACAUUGCCUUCUGACCCCUGGCCUAAUGUGUUUUGAAUCCCUUUUACCCUCAACUUUGAAAGGGAGAAGACUUGAAGUAAGAAUUUUCAGGUCACCUGGGUCAAAAUCUCAUCACAGUUCUUUACACUCAUUUGCCUUCCUUAAUGAUUGACUUUCAUAAAACUCAUUAGAAUAACCCUGGGGUUGGGGGAUUUAACUAAGUGGUAGGACACUUGUCUAGCAAAUACUAGAUCCCCCAGCUUGCAGUGGGAGGAGAUACACAUCCCUAACCUCUCCCUCAAACACAUCAGUUGAGUUCCAGCUUCCAGGCCUUUGUGUUUGUCAUGCCUCUGCAAAGAGCACAGUUCAUGUUAUCCGGUCGCUUGCUCCUUCAUGCCUUUCCUCCAGUGACACCUCCACCCAGCCCGUCCCUGCCUUUCCUGCCUACUUGGUUCAAAAUUCUAAUCCCUCUCCUUUUAUCCUCCACAGCACUUAACUGCCUUGUAUAUUUUGCUUUUUUGUCUGAGGCACUCACUAGAAUCUUUUCCCUAUUCGUCAUGAGUCUAUGCACAUGCCUGAAGAUGGGCAUUUUGGAGUGUUGACCCUGGCUUAUACCAGUUCUCUGAUCUUUUCUACAUUGCAGCAUAGGAGGUGCCAACAGGGAGAACCAAACUCCCUAAACUGUGCCAGGCAUCUUCACCUCCAGUCUCUACCUGAGCUGUGCCUCUUCCUAAACCUAAAAAGUCAAUAUAAACCUUCCAGAUACUAAUUUGCUUAAGGAAACUGGGAAAUAUGUGGGUGCUUUUUUCCCCCAGAUCCCAAAAUGAUUCUAAAAUCCCAAAGUAUCAGAUCCAAAAUAAUAAAAAAGAAAGAAAAAACCAGGUGUGGUGGUGCAUGCCUUUAAUCCCAGGACUUGGGAGGCAGAUCUCUGAGUUUGAGGCCAGCCUGGCCUACAUAGCAAGUUCCAGGCCAGCCAGGGCUGCUCAGUGAGACUAUGUCCAAAACCAGACACAAAAAGUCCAAUUAUCCUUACCCCUACCUGCAGAGUUCUAAUCCAUUCCGCUAGAGAACCCAAAGUAUAGUCGCUUAUCCCAACUCGUCAAGUGUCAGUGGUAACGACGGGUCAAGAGGAGAUAGAUGGGUGGGUCAUCUUUGAAAGUUGGGUAAUCACCCCAAAGUAGGGAGCAAAGGGAUGUAAAUAGAACAGAAGUGAAAGCUGUGAGGGUAGGGUUCAAUCCUGGCACCAAUAAUGGUUCACUUAAUGAGUCUGGGCAUGCCAAACAACUUCCUCUAUUACCGCACCUAUAAAGUGGGAUUAUUGGAGGAUGAAGUGACUUAAUUUGAUCCACAUGAAGCAGGACCAGCAGAAUCCAGUGAGGGUUUGCUGUUUUUAUCUUCAGAUAUGUUGGCAUAGAUCUGAGCAUCUACAGGCCCAAGUCUUGUGUAGGGAAGCACAUCUUUUUGUAAACCAGUUUCAAUUUUCUUUUAUGUUUAUCAUAAUGCAAUAUAGUGCUAACAUACACAUAUAUAUGCAUAGUUUUAAAUUUUAUUUUUAUGUGUAUGUGCACCACGUGCAUGCAGUGCCCUCAAA